UGGGAUCGUUGGUAGUUGGAUUAAAUGGGGGUAAAUAAAACAGUAUAAAGAUACAAAAGGCGCUUUGCAAAGCUGAAUGGAGCACUGAACAAUGAUAAGUAUGAGACAUGGUUCGAAACUUUAAACAAAACUCAAAAGGUAAUCGAAAAGUCCCAGUCGACCUCGGCAACAGGAUGAUCGGAAUGAAAAGAGAAACAACUAUUGCCCCUCUCUGGUGGAUAAUCUUCCUAUCCCUAUGCCAUUAUGAUCUCAGGUGUCGACCAUCAUAGAAAACGUAUCAAACCUUUAUAAUAAUAUUCGGUUUACUGAUGAUACUCUUUCCGCUCAGAGGUUUUUAAAGACACCCUUUAUCGCGCCAAAUAGUCGGUUUAUCAUACAGGCCCUAGCUACUUCAACACAAUUGCCUAGGUCAUAUUUGUGACCAUUAGUUUCCUCCUUUACCAUAAUUAUGCAACUGUAUUUCGUAAUAAAUCUGAUAUGCUGUCCCCGUAUGCUGCAUAGGAAAAACAACAUUGUGUGAGUAAUGAUAAUUCGUGUAUAGCCAUAAUCCGCAUGCAUGACAUGAUCAAUAAUACAUUCAAUGGUACCGUUUGAGGUCAGAACCUUUAUUGUUAUGAUCUGUAUGGAUGAGGAAAUCAAUGAAUGGCUUCAACAAAAUUAAGAAUGCAUUGGCGUUCCGUUGACUGGAGUAUUAUGAGGCGCCAUGCAUAUUUGACGAAAAGAUUCAGAGGGAAACUAGUUCUGACGUAUUUUACAAAGCCUGGGGAAAAUAAGAUCAUCGAUUUGACUGCGCUCCACCAAGAUCUUUAGAUCUUGCAUUAAGGUACGAUAAUACGCCAGUGGCGGACUGUACCAGCCUGGAAGAAGAAGAAAGGAAUCAGUUUCAAGAUGGCGUGUAACAUCAAUAAAGACUUCCUGCACAUCAAGCUGAUUUACUUCACGUAUCUGGGAGCCUUCGCCUGUAUGCUCCCGUACAUCUCUGUGUAUCUCAUCCACAUUGGUCUUUCCGUUUGGCAAGUGGGAAUCAUUCGUUCCUUGGAACCUGUUCUAACCUUCUUCUUUAGUCCACUUUGGGGAGGAGUAGCAGAUAGAUACAGCAAACAUAGACUAGCCACAAGUAUAGCCAUAAUCGGGGCUGCUGUAGCAUACUUCAUUUUCAUUUUUGUACCUCUGAUGACCGGGGUUUCCCCGGACUCCUUACUACAGGACGCGGCUGAGAACUGCUCUGCUGAUACAACAGAGUGGAACAUCUCCGAUGGCCAUGAUGGCAUGUGCGAUGAUGCUGUCAUUGUAGACGGACAAGGGGUGGGAUAUGAUGAAAGUAAGAUUGAUGUACUGAUGGGUUGUACAGAAAUGUGUGCAGGUAUGCCAUCCAGUAACCAUGGAAACCACGCAGGUAUGGUUGGUUAUUGUUUGAGACGUGAUGACGGAUGGGACUGUAGCCCGUGUCCUGAAACUGAGAAUCGCCACACUGAGGACAUCGCAGAAGACAGUAUGACCUUGUACGGAAUAUCAUGCGCAUCAUCACAAAUGGUCGACUUGGUUACUACAGGAUCAGGAAACAAGACUGUACUCCUUCCUUCUUCUGUUCGACAUACUGAAAACAAUGUUAGUAUGUGCCAGCGAUCUGCCUGUUGCCAAUGUGAGACAAAGAGAAUUCCAACACCUCGUCAGGGGGUGACCUUUGCUAUAUGCACUGUCUUUGCAAUUUUGGGAGUGGUAUUCAACUGCAACAUCCUUAUGUUCUUUGAUUCUCUCACCAUGGAACUCAUCAAGGGAAAGAAAGCAGACUACGGCAAGAACCGAGUAUGGGGAGCGAUAAGCUGGGGGCUCUUUGCCUUGUUGAGCGGGGCAGCCAUCGAUUUGUACACAGACCUGGUCAAGACGAAGACGGAUCGUUUGGAGCCAGCAUUUAUUAUGUAUCUCUUCGGAAUGUUAGCCUGUCUCGCCAUAUUUCUUCAUAUGAAGCUUCCAAAUCACAAAAAACCCGAGGCUAUGAAGAAAAAUUUGAAGACAGUAUUGUGCGACGGGGAGGUGAUCCUGUUCCUCAUCGUGGUCGUUGUGACCGGUAUCUCCUUCAUUUUAAGCUUCACUUAUGUGGUCAUCUUCAUGAAAGAACUGGGCAGUCCCUACUUGCUUCUUGGUCUGGCUGUCACCUUGACCGCCAUCGCUGAAAUCCCUUUCAUGUAUUUCUCAGGAGCUAUAAUCAAGCGUGUUGGUUACGCAGGUGUGAUGUAUAUGACUUUAAUAGCAUAUGCUAUCAGAUACUUUGGUUACUCAUUUGUUUACAACCCUUGGUUUAUCCUUCCCGUUCAACUUCUUCAUGGUAUAACUUAUGGUCUCUCGUGGCCCAUGUUUACAGCAUUCGCCAAUAAAACAGCACCUAAAGGGAUGGCCAGCACCCUUCAAUCAAUAGUUGCCUGUUGCUUCAUGGGUUUUGGUGCUGGAGUUGGUAAUGCUGUGGGUGGUAUCAUCUAUGAAAACUAUGGUGCGAGACUACUGUUCAGGUGUACUGGGUCUCUCUGUCUUCUGACACUUGUCAUCUUUUUCUUCAUCACCGUUUUUGUCCUGAGACGAAAAAAGAAAGAAGAGGAGGCAAACGUGGACGAAGAACCGGAGAAAUGCAAAAUGAAGGGGUUUCAUGCGAAAAAAAUACACGGUUUACAAGAUGACAAGACGGAAGGCUUACAAGAGGAUAAGACGGGGUGACUUACAAGAAGAUAAGACGAAAGACUUACAAGAGGAAAAGACGAGAGGCUUACAAGAUGUCAAGACGGAAGACUUACAAGAGGAUAAGACGGGGAGACUUACAAGAGGACAAGACGGAACGCUUACAAAACGGCAAGACGGAAGACUUACAAGAUUACAAGAAGACUUACAAGAGGACAGGACGGAAGACUUACAAGAGGUCAAGAUGAAAAUAGUAUACAAGACAGAAUUAGACUUACGAGGGUGACGAUUACUUCAGGGGCAAGAUGAAGAAAAAUUACAAAAGUUUACAGUAGGAGAUAAGAGAGACUAAUGAGAGGGUAUGAUACUGGUAGUGGAACAUUCUGAUCAGACAAGAGGCCCUGUGGUCGAACAGUAAUUUUGCUAUUCUCAACUUUUGUCUUAUCUGAAUGUACUGGCGCCACUGGGUCGAGAUAAAAGCCUUCAAGAGCAAGCAUUGCAAAAGUACACGACGAAUUACUUAUUAAAAAGGUAAAAAAAAAAAACAAGACAAGACCUUUAUAAGGAGAGGAGACGAGGCAAAAUGAGAUGCUGGCGAAAUGUAGUUUUUAGAGGGAUUGAUUAGAACUGAGAGAAAGAACGACAAAAAGGGUACACGGUAGAGCAGAAAAUUGACAAGAAGAAUGAAGAUAAUGUUUUGCAAGUCGAGGACUUACGACACUCGAGGCGAAAGAGAUGAAAUGUUUAAAAGUAUGAAACAGUCUGCCUACAUUGUCAUUAUUAAAGUAGUUUAUUUAUCG